AUCCAUGAUGUUUGUGUCAAGAUGGCCGUUGUAUAAAUAAGCAGUAAGUGGAAUGGAAGAAAACUUAUUUGACAGUUAAUGAUUUGAUUGAUGUAUGAAAGUGGUGAUGUGCGGCGGUAAUUGUUGUUUGCAACAUUAAACUGGAUUAAACUCAACGAGAACGUUGACGAGAACGGAUGUUUUCCAACGCACUUGAGUAAUGUAACUCAUAUACUUUUGUGUGCAUACAUACUGCGUUGUAUGUGUCACAAGUUAGGAUCAUGAGUCCCAAUAAGAGAAAGAUGAUUGUAUCAGAUGAGUCAGAAGAGGACGACAGCUUCAAGCAUCGACGUAGCUCUCUGCAAGUCAAUUUGAGUUACAGCACAGAUUUAACGGACUCCGGUAAUGGAUCUCUCUGGAAAACGGAAAUCGCGAACGAUGAAAGGGAAACGAAUAAAACUCAAAUUGGUAGAAGAUUGUCGAGAAGCAAGACUACCCACAAAAAGAAGAAUCGUCAAUCUGAUUGUGAGGAGAAUGUUGUAAAUGAUAGCAGAAAACCACUUUGUAAAGAGAGAAUACCAUUGAAACGUCUCACGAUAGAUUUGGAGGACGUAAGCAUUAAAGAGAAAACUCUUGAAACAAACUGCAAACGUUUAAAAGAUGCUAUUUUGAACAAGACUAAAGAGAUAUUUGAUAGACAGAACGAGCUCUCGAUAAAAACAGCGGUGGUACUUGGGAGUGAGAAAAAUCACUGUAUGAGUAGCACACAUGAGGUAGAAAAUGAUGCUGAGGACAAAUUAGUUAUUAUGUUAGAUACAACAAUCAAUUUAGAGAACAAAGCAACUGUAUUAAAACACAAACAACACACUGUGAAUAAUCAGCAAAGAGAGAAUGGAUGUUCUGGUAUUACUGCUACACCUACAAGCAGCGGCAAACAAAACUCUAUGAGAACUCUGGAUAAAUCUAGAUUAUCUCAAAGGCUAUUAUUUGUCGAGCCAGCGGAUAAGCAAAAAUGUAGAAUUAUAGAAGAUAUUAUUUUGGAAAAAAAGUUUCCGUUGCUGUCGCUUUGGCAAGCAGAUCCAGGCAACAGUCCUAUAUUGAGUAGCAGCAGCAACCGAAGACUCAGCUUGUCCAAGUCACGUUCGCAAAGUCAAUUUGAAAACCACAACAGCACGUACUCGGCUGUACGGUGUGAUCAAAGCGUCAACAUAGGUGCGCCCAUUACUUGCUCUACUUUCAUUGAGGAUGAUGAAAUAGAUGGAAAAAGAAAUAAGACUGUAUGUGAAGUAGACAGGUAUACACAUACUACAAAUAAGACAAUAUCCAUGGAAAUGACCUCUGAGAUUAAUGGUGUUGGUAUCCAAAUAAGUCAGAAUACAUUUCUGCAAAAUAAGAAUUUAAAUACAAAGAAUUAUAUAAAAAAUGACAUGGAGAAAGAUUCCAAAGAAAACGGUUUGAAAGAAAGUAAAAACGCAACUGUACAGAAACUAGAGGACGAUACUUCUGCCAUGAAGAAACUUAUUGCACACUCUCACUCGCUCAAUGUAAACGUUGUGAACGAUCAAGAUAUGGAGAGUAUGUGCAUAGACACAUGUGUACCUAAACAACUAUCCAUUGAACAGAUUGAAGUCAUUAGAAAAUCACGUAAUAUAUUGCAAACACACGAACAUGAUAAUGUUACUCGGAAUCAAAACAAGAGACAACGUACUUUAUCUUUGUCUGAUAGUGAUGACACAAUCCGAUCAUCUUUAAAUGUAAACACUUCGUUAGACACAAUGACCACGGCUAGCAAAGCGAGGAAUGUUCAGAAAUUAAACGAAUGCAACAGAAUUAUUGAUAACAAUCAAGAGUUUACAACAACCAACAAUAAAGAGCCAGUAGCUUUGGAAAAUCAGCGUAAAACGAUAGAUUCUGUAUGGACUUUAUUGCAAAUGAAUACAUCUGUAGACUCCAUACGCAAAACAUGGCGAAAAAGUAAUUCUCUUAGUGAACAAUCGUCGAUCCAAGACAAACACGUUGAUGAUUUAAUGGGAAAUCAUUCAAGUGUAGAUGGAUGUUCAUCCGCGUCAGAAAAUAAAGAAGAAGAUGUCGACUCGUUGGAGAACAUCAGUUUAAUUGAAAGAUUAAGAAAUAUCUCAACACGAAAGCAAAUUUCUGAAAGGAGUAAUAACAAGAAAAGAACAGAUAAUGGAUUUAGUAACAUAAUAAAUGUUAAAUGUCACAACAACGAGCGUGUGAAUAACAGUGGAGAUAGUUAUGUUGCAGCUACUCCAUAUCCGAUAAGUCGUUCAGUACUGCUCAAAUCACAGUUAAGGUACAAAACGCAAACUUUCGGUAGCAGUACAGCAUCUAGUAGCAAUAAUAUAAAUUCGGUCAUUACCGAAGAAGGUGGUGAUAAGUCCGCUGUAUAUCCAAAAGCAGUUCCAAAUGAGGUUCCUGUAUCAAACAAAACGUCAAAAACAAAUGAAGCUGACAAAAUUAUUUUAGAAAAUAGACGAAAUAAAACAGCGUCCAAAAUAGAGGAGAAAAUAAUUACUCCGCAAAACACAGAAUGUAGCCCAACGAGAAAGGGCAGAAAAAAAUUAUUGCCACUUUAUGAAAAUUCUCAAUUGUGUUCUCUUACUCCUUUGGAAGAGAAUACAUCCGAGUGUACAUCUGAGAGUCCGAUAUCUGUAAAAAAGAAUAAAAUAUUAAAGAAAAAGCAGCCAAAGAGAAAAUUAGCGGAUAGCAAGAAUAAGACAAGCGUCACACGUAACAUUGUGAACGAAGAAACAUGGUCAGAUAGUGAUUAUGAUACAUUUAAGAAUAAGAAAAAAGAGGAAAAGAAAAGACGAAAACCAAGGAAGGUUGUUAGCAAGAAGAUUGUCAUCAAGAAAUUUGCCGAAGAAAAUGUGUUGAACAUAUUGAAAAAGAACGAACAAGAUGAAAGAGAUCGAACAACAGAAAAUAGAGAUUCCUUAGAUGAUUUCGUAAAUAAUCGUACAAUAUCUACUCAAUGGAAUAAAUAUAAAUCGCAAAAGAUCGUCAUUGUGACGACUGGUUUAUCGAAAGGGGAUAAAAAUUUGGUGAAGAGCAUCAUCAAAUCUCUCGGCGCAGCAGAGAUGGAAUUGAAUGUAUCAAGACGAACAACUCACGUUGUAAGCACAGGAGUGCGUACGAUGAAUCUGCUUCGUGGAAUAAUAAGGGGCUGUUGGCUCAUUACUUUGGAAUGGGUUCUCAAAUCCUUGGAGAACAACGCGUGGUUAAAUCCAGAAGAGUUUGAGAUGAAACAUUUCUCUAAAGCUGUACAAGAGAAUCGGAAAGACAGGCAAUUAUUCGGACCAUCGUAUAUCCCAGAAUUAUUUACCGCAUGUGGAUUCAUAUAUGUUGAACACAAAACCACAGUGCCGUGUGAUACACUUAAGGAACUUGUAAAAACAGCUGGCGGCCACAUUACCGAGAAUGUCAAGUUUGCUAAAAUUAUCAUUGGUGAAAAUGGUUUGAAAGAGACCUGGGUUAUAGAUUCUAUCACAACCGGUGAAUUACAAUUGAGUAAACUUUAUGAAAGAAAGUAGACGAAUAUACAUAUAUGUAUACAUACAAGAAUAGCCUUUCUGGAGAAGAAUAUAUACAUUUCAAACAUA